ACGCUGCGCCGUUUGGGAUUAGUCCUAGCAGCGACACUGCUCGAAGCGGAUCGCGUUUUAUUCCAGCGUUCAAUAAUGAAGAUUCUAGUUUGCUUGUUUGCGCUAGCCGCGGUGGUGGCUGCGCUACCACAGCGCCUCGAGCCCAUAAAGCUGAACCCUUCCAAGUUGGCACUGCUGCCAAAGCAGUGCGGCGUUGCCAAGUAUAACCCGCGUCCCGACGGGAUCAAGAGUCAGGCAUUCGAAUUCCCGUGGAUCGCCCUGGUGCUGUUCAACAAAACUCGUCGACCGGCUACCUGCUUUGGAACGUUAAUUAACCAGCGCUAUGUUUUAUCAGUUAUCGGCUGUGUGAGAAAGACGAAAAAAGAUCCUGACUUCAUUCGAUUGGGCGAGCAGUCUGCGUUGUCGAACCCCGAUUGCAGUGAUCUGAAACAACGGGAUGGUAUAGUACGGCAUGAAUGCGCUGGACCAGUGGUGGACAUUCCGAUAGAAUCCUACGUCGCGCAUCCGGAGUUCGAUCAGCCGAUGUACACAAAUGACCUCGCCCUAAUGAGGAUGUCCCGCGAGGUGCAAUACAACGACUACAUCCGGCCGAUUUGCCUUCCCACGACACCGGAACUGCUUAACAAUAUUCCGCGGGACCUAUUGAUGACCGCUUGGGAGCUGGAGAUGGACGUCCCCACGCACUACGUUGGCGAGCUGGAGAAGUACCAGAUCGAAAACGUGGAUUUGGAUUCGUGCCAGCGGGAGUACGAGAAGGCUGGCUUCACGCCGGACUUUGAGUACAAGCGGUUCUGCGCGGGCCAAAAAGGUCCGAACUACGUGUGCAGUCGAAUGGCAGGGGCACCGAUCGGUGCCGUGGUGGACGUCGAUGGGGUCCAGCGGCAUGUUCAGUUCGCGAUGGCCAAGUUUGCUCCGUUGAAUUGUACCGCGCGUCAUAUUGUGCCGAUCAUUUCGAUGCGCAUCACCGAGUACAUGGGAUGGAUAACGGACAACUUGGAGGCUUAAGAGGUUGGUUGAAGUGCUGAAUAAAUAUGCCGAUGCUGGAGCAACGAUGACAAACUGUUUUGUACGCUGUGUUGUUUGCUUAAGUUAUGAUAUUGCAAUAAAAGCUUUCGAUCUUUAUCUGGCCAUAAUGUGAACCGAA